AUGGGCGGGAAGCUGCAGCAGCUGAUGUCGAGGCUCCACCUGGCCAAGGGCGGAGGCGGGAGGGGCGGCGCCGCCGUGCCGAGGGGCCACUUCGCGGUGUACGUUGGCGAGUCCAGGGCGCGGUUCGUGGUGCCCACGGCGUACCUCAGGCACCCAGCGUUCGUGGCGCUCCUGGAGAGCGUGGAGGAGGAGUUCGGCUUCGACCACCACGGCGGCUCCGGAAUCACCAUACCGUGCUCCGAGAGGGACUUCGUCGAGCUCGUCGGCAGCCUGGGCUCGUCGUCACCGUCGUCGUGGCGGCAUUGA